AUGGCCGAAACUACAGACAAUGUUCCAGCCAACUCUACCGAUCAUUCCCUGGCUUCUUUACGGUCAAGUAUCCUUGACUAUCGGAGGGAAAACGGACGCACGUAUCACAGAGUCAGUGAUGGAAAGUACUAUCUUCCUAACGAUGAGACGGAACAAGACCGUUUAGUCAAGGGCGCCAGGCGAGUCUUGGAUGCUGGAGCUGGCACGGGCAUCUGGGCUCUCGAUUAUGGUAGGUGGAAUGGCUUGAAAUCCCUUGGUACGCGGAUGCUCAUCCCGAAGCAAGCGUAUGUCGAAGCAACUUUUCCUGACACACUGAAUAUCAUUGAAGAGUUAAUCAACUUGGAACCGGGAGGGUAUCGUGAGAUUCAAGACAACGAGUUCCCCAUCUUCUGCGAUGAUGGUUCCAUGCCCGCAGACUCUCAAGUCUUGAAGUGGACUCAGCUCAUUGUUGAAGCUUUGGACAUUGUGGGGAAGCCAAUGACUAUUGCGCCUACUUUCAAGCAGUUGCUCGAGGAUGCUGGGUUCGAAGAUGUUCAGGGACGCCAAGAGAAAUGGCCCAUUAGCCCGUGGCAACAAAAGGACCCAAGACAGAGGGAGCUGGGAAUCUGUUCCCGAGCGGGUACCAUGGAAGGUAUUGAGCCGAUUUGUAUGGCCUUGUUCACGCGCAUGCUUGGCUGGACUCGAGAAGAGGUUUUGUUAUUUUGCGCUGGAGUCAGGGAGGAGUUGAAAUAG